AUGCCCGGGAAGCCAUUCGUUUACGGGCCCGAAACCUCAAAGGAACUGAUCGACGAGACCAAGAAGCCAUCCAAUAAUAUUGCCAAGUGGUCUGUAAUGAGUACCACCAAAAACAACGAAGAUUGUUGGGCUGCGAUUGAACAUUUGCAAGCUGGUCACGCUCAACUAGCGGAGGCCAUGGCACGAGCCAGAGCCGCUCUGUCUAUUCUCCAAGAGGAGUUUCGCAAACUCAAGGGAGACCUUCAGACCUUGACCGACAAUCACAGCGAGCAGAGAAUUCUACUUCCAGCUCGCCAGUACGUCACCGAUGACCUCGACGCGCAUGCCGAGAGCCAGCUACGGGAGUUUCUUUCCCUUAUUGAGUCAGCGGUGAGGGAAGCUAUGAAGCAGACAAGGGCGGGGAAGUCGGUCAACAUCGAUGACAUCCUCAACAAGCUAGGCCACCGAGAUGCAUCAUCCCACCCGGAAUUCUCUGUUCGGCCCAUACGCAACCCGCCAACUUACGAUGGAAAUGAUGUCAGCAAGUUCCGCCCGUGGUGGUCAAGAGUCACGGCAUUCAUGCAUCGUUAUGCUGAAAGCUUCCCAUCAGAUAAGUUUAAGAUUGCCUGGCUGGGUUCUCUACUAUCGGAUAAGGCCCGGAUGUGGCAUGAUCACCGAAAGAAACAGGUCGAUCGGCUGGGAGGAAGGGACUCUUGGGAUUCCUACUCAGCGGCCCUGCAGGCACGAUGUAAAGACAUCAACGAGGCGUCAAGGAACUACGAGCGGAUGAAGGAGCUUCAGUACCAGGGAGACACGGAGGAUUACCUCGCCAAGCUUCUAGACCUUAACGACUUAGUGUGUUGGUCAGGAUUCUCGCUAAGGAUGCAUAUAAUGCAAACGCUGCCUGACGAGAUCACCCGUUUAGUGUAUACGAGACGGGGCAAGCUGCCCGAGACCGAUGAAGAUUUUCUAAACGCGAUAUCAGAAGCCGGUCGAAUAUACGAGACGAUGCUGUCCCAUCUUAGCCUCACGGGUAAUCAUCCAGGCGUAACUGGAGAAAAGGCACGCCGACUACGUCGUCGGCGCGCUCGAAGACGGACUCUCCGAAAGACUAACAAAUGA